AUGCGAUAUAAUAAAGUAUGCAUGGUUUACUUUGACGUUGAGACCGGUGGUUUGGAAAGAACGUGCGACAUUUUGCAAAUUGCAAUGAAGUAUGGCGAUGAUGUAUUCAAUGAAUAUAUUAAUCCCACUCAAAAGGUGAACUGGAUGGCAACUCAAUUAACUGGUCUUAGUAAUGUGGAUGGAAAACUAUUGCUGCACGGACAAAGGGUGCAAUCAUAUCCUUUAUCCAGAGUGAUUAGAGACAUGCUUACGUACCUUCGAAACUUCGGAAGGCCUUGUGUUUUGGUCGCGCACAACUGUUUUAAAUUUGACGCACCUCGUUUGAUUCGCGCUAUGAGGAAUGCAGGCGUUCUGAGGAAUGCGAGCGCUCUUAACAAAGCUGGUGAAAUUAUCGACGGCUUUGCGGACACGCUACCGCUUUUCAAAAAGAAAUUUCCAGGCGAAUGUAUCAAGUUACAUCAUAUGGCAUGGAGGAAAUUAGCUUACAAACUUGAAGAAACUCAUGACGCACUUGGCAAUGUUUACCUAUUGGAAGAGCUAACCAGAUGCUAUCUAUCGGAAGAACAAGUUUCUACCAGCUGGAAAAGUUUACCAGCAGCUUUAGAAAGAUUCUGGAACAAUGAGAGAGUUGCAGCCGUUGUAAGAACGUUGCAACCGUUGAACGGUUUCGUAUCACAGAACACGAUGACGAGUUUAGCAGAAGCAGGAAUAAAUUACGACUUACUCGUGAGCACGUACAGACGUGACGGCGAACAGGCGGCGAUAUCGUUGAUACAAGAAACGGUGAACGGCAAGCCGACAGGUAUUAAGAAGCAAAAAGUUGCAAACCAAAUUCUCGAUUAUUUGCAGAUGUAUAAUUAA